AAAAGCUUCAAACUAUGAAACUCUGUCACUUGGAGAAAACCAGAGAGUAGAGAAAAGAUUCUCUCUUUCCCUCUACUUUCUCACUCUCUCUCUCUCAAUCAUUCAUCGUUGUUUUCAUCUCAGUCUAGGGUUUCCUUCAUUUCUCUCCUUUGAAUCUCCUGAACAAAAACCAGAUUUGUAGUGUUAAGUUGUUAGGUUGAGAUUUUUUGCGAUGAGUAAUCUGUGGAAAGAUGACUGGGAAGAAUGUUCAGUAAUAGGAGAUGAAGGGAACAUAGGGUUUUUAGAUUUUGAAGAUGAUAAGUCAGUAUGUAAUUACAAUCCGGAGGAAGAAGGUCCGGUUAUUGUAUCAGUACCGUUUCCUUUUGUUAAUGGGAAACCUAAGUCCAUCCUUGUUGGUGAGACCAUAGCGGAUUCAAUUACGAUUAAGAAUACUACUGAAGAACCUAUUGAUUUAUGGGGUGCUAAAAUUUAUAGUUCGAAUCCUAAAGACUCGUAUACUUUGUCACUGAUGGAACCGCCUAAAGAUGAGUCAGAUGUUGAAGCUCUUCAAGCGUUCGUGGAGACGACAUCGAUGGAUGAUAGGGUGCUUCAACCAGGAAGGACUUUGACAAUUUGGUUAUCGUGUAAGCCAAAGGAGAUAGGGAUACAUACCACAGCGGUACAUUUUGAUGUGGGGGAUCAAAGGAUUGAGCGUGUGGUUUUUCUUGUAGCUGAAGAUAAUGUGUCUCAAUCCCUUGCUUCAAAUAACCCAUAUUCUAGAGUCCAUAAAAAGAAACAUUUUGUUGUGGAGGAAUUUGUGAAAGGCUCUCGUCCUGCAAAACCUACUUCUAAUGGUUAUAAACAUCAGCUUCCUCUGUUUGCUAUUCCAAAAGAUAUUAGAGAAAUUUUGGACAGUAAGCAAGUUCCUGAAGCUAUCUUUAAAGGACUUGUAAAGGAUAAUUAUUACUCAUACUUUCAAACUUUACUGAUCAUGGAAGAACUACGCAUGGAGGAAGACAUAAGAAGCUACGACAUGGAGUGUGUCACUAUGCGGAAGAAGGCAUAUCAGUUUUUGGCCCUUGAAGUCCCUGGGCUGGCUGAAAGAAGGCCCUCACUUGUUAAUGGUGAUUAUGUUUUUGCGAAGCUUUCUUCUGAUGCUAACGAUGAUUCUCGUUCAUAUCAGGGGUACAUUCACCGAGUCGAGUCAGAUGAAGUGUUCUUGAGGUUUGCAGACGACAUGCAUGCCCGUCACAAUGAUGGGGACUUAUAUAAUGUUAGAUUCACAUACAAUAGGGUGGGUAUGAGGCGCUUAUAUCAGGCUAUUAAAGCAGCUGAAGGUUUGCCAUCUGAGCUUCUCUUUCCGUCCCAGUCCUUGGGAAGAUCUAUUAAUGCAACCCCGGUGGUUCCUUUGUCUCGAAAUCUCAAUGAAGAGCAGAUGUCUGCUGUUGAGAUGAUCCUAGGUUGUGAAGGGGCACCACCUUAUGUGAUUCAUGGACCUCCUGGAACUGGUAAGACAAUGACGCUGGUGGAAGCAAUCUUGCAGCUGUACACAACGCGAAAAGAGUCUAGGAUUCUUGUUUGUGCAUCUUCUAACUGUGCUGCAGAUCAUAUAUUAGAUCGGAUAAUAGACCACGAGAUUGUCGAAGUUAGAGAGAGUGAGAUAUUCAGAUUAAAUGCACCAAGUCGUAAUUAUGAUGAUGUUCAUCCUGAUAAUCUAUGUUUCUGCUACUUCGAAGAUGAUCUCACCUUCAAAUGUCCUCCACUUGGGGUUUUGAAACGUUUUAGGAUCGUAAUAUCCACGUAUAGUAGUGCUUCUCUGCUUUAUGCUGAAGGUGUUAAAAAGGGUAAUUACUCCCAUAUAUUCUUGGAUGAGGCAGGUCAAGCUUCAGAGCCAGAGACCAUGAUCCCAAUAGCUAACCUUUGUAGAAAAGAAACUGUUGUAGUUUUGGCAGGGGACCCAAUGCAACUGGGUCCUGUUAUAUACUCCAAGAAUGCAGAAAUGCAUGGAUUAGGCAAGUCAUACUUGGAAAGGCUAUUUGAAUGUAAAUCUUAUAACAAUGAGGAUGAAAACUUCGUGACAAAGUUGGUAAGGAACUAUAGGUGCCACCCAUCAAUCCUAGAGCUGCCGUCCAACCUUUUCUACAAGGGAGAAUUGGUAGCUUGUAAAGAAGAAAAAUGUUCUUUCACAGAUGCUUGGGAAAGCCUCCUUCCAAACAAAGAAUUUCCUGUUAUGUUUGCUGGUGUUCAAGGAUGUAAUGAGAGGGAGGGCAAUAACCCGUCUUGGUUUAAUCGGAUAGAAGCAAGUAAAGUAAUUCAGAUUAUCAAGAAGCUGACAGAAAGCUCUAAUCUGAAGGAGACAGAUAUUGGAGUGAUAACUCCUUAUCGCCAGCAAGUAGCAAAGUUAAAAAAAGCUCUUGAAGCACUCGAUAUAUCCGGCAUAAAAGUUGGAAGUGUUGAGCAAUUUCAAGGACAAGAGAAGGAAGUCAUAAUAAUAUCCACUGUCAGAUCGACUGUUAAACAUAAUGAAUUCGAUAAGGUACACUAUCUGGGAUUUCUUAGCAACCCAAGGAGAUUUAAUGUUGCUGUGACUCGUGCUAAGUCCUUGCUUAUAAUUGUCGGAAACCCACACAUUAUAUGUAAGGAUCCAUACUGGGAUAAGCUUCUAAGGUAUUGCUUUGACAAUGAUUCAUAUCAGGGCUGUGAUCUUCCUGAAAAUCAGAAUGGUUCUGAAGGGCCUUAUGACAUCAAUAUUUCACCUGAAGUAGAUAACCACGUCAACAGUACAUCUGAAGGACAGCAGGAUUUCUAUUGUGGCAAGCCUGUCAGUAAUGAAUCUGAGUGGUCAGAUGGGAACUGGAAAGAAGAAUGUUCAGAAGGGAACUGGAACGAAGAAAACCCUGUACUCUCGGACGAAGUAGGCACAUAUGUUGAGCCCCUGCAAGCAGAAGAUGCUGGUAAGCCUGUCACUGAUGAGGCUGACUGGACAGAUGGAUGGAACGAUUAGUGUUCAAGUUUUUGCUAAUUGCACAUGAACAAGCAAGCCUUUUGUCAAUCGGUAGUAUUCACAUAUGAAACAUUGCUCCUUAAAUGGUUGUAUAAAUGAAGUGUUGAGGAGAAGAAAGUUAGGAUAGUUUUUAAGUAGGAAGAUAUAUUUUGACUAGAACCUGGGGAUGGUCUAGUAGUAAUUGGUGAUUACAGUUUACCAAUUACUUCUAUAGAAAAACCUAAACUAUUAUUUAUCUGUUAGAUGCGCCAAAUGCUAGAGCUUUUUUACUGCAGUUUUGUUGUUUUUAUUUCAUAACAUUUUUGAAAUCAACAAUCGUGAUAACAGAUUAUUACAGUUGGCCA